UUUGGGAACUUAGAGGAUGUAGAGUACGAUGAGAUUGAACGUGAGGAACCUGACGAUCUUUUCAUUGAAGAGGAGGGAGACUCAGAGAGCACAUGCACUAGUUCCAGCCCUAGCCAGAACAGCGCUGAUGUGUCCCAGAGGGCCAAAACUUUGUUGUCCAGGCACUUCCGCAGUGAGAGGUCACCCAAGAGGCUGGCGAAGACGUUGUCCAUGGAAGUCUCACCACGAGCCAGGCACGCUAGCACUCUACAGAGAGAUAAAACUAUUGGAGCCACGAUGAAAGAUAUUCUCAAGCGAAGGCAGCGAGGAAUGUACCAGAUUCAAGGGAAGGAACUUUGUCAGGAGAAAGAUAAAGAGGAAGGGAUGGUGACGAGUGUUCAAGGGAAGAAGCUCAUCCCUAGUGAAAUCAGGACCCCGGUUAUUCUCCGAGGCGCGGCUAAUUUGUCAAUGGCGAGAUGGGAUUGGAAAAGUGUUUUCUACAACUGGGCCAUGCCUUUAGACCAGAUUAUCCUGGCGUUCAGAGGAACAGACCUCACAGGGUCAAAUUCUAAUCUAUCAACUGGGAGUGAGGGAGCUUCAGAUGACAGUUCAAAGCCGAGACUUAGAGGCAACAAAGUUAUGCGGAUGGGAUCCUUUGCAUUUAGAGCCACCCAGUUUUUUGAGAACAUCGGAAAGAAAUCCACAAAGCCACGCAAGCACAGCCACAGCCCAAACAGCCGCAUGACCCCCGUGUCCUCCGGAGACUACAGCGACGUUCGAACUGGUAUAGCCGAGGAGUCCUCCCUCUCCUCCUCCACCUCUCUAGGCAACAUCUCCCCAUCUGUUUUCACCCCGACCUCUGACCUCAGCGAUGGCUACAGUUUCUCAGCGCCCAGCACACCCUUAGAUAAGCACUCGCCUUUGUCUGUGUUCUCUGAUAAACAGAGCUUCUUGGAAGCUGAAGAGGAUAAUAUGACUGAUGCUAUUCUUAAAGGCUACCUGUAUAUCUUUAGCAGCUUUAACAAGAGGAGGUGGGGCAAACGUUGGUGCCUGGUCAGAGACAACAUGUUUGAGUGCUAUCGCACUGACCACAGCAAACAGUUUGAGCUCAACUUCCUACUCAGGCCAUGCGUCGUGCGGCGAGCGCUAGCGGAGACAAACAGUGAACUGGGACUGAUGAUCAUGGAAGGGGGGAGAGAGAAAAUAACAGUUGAGCCCUUAUCAAAAGAGGACAUGAAAUUUUGGGUGCGUACUCUCCUGGCUGAGACCUCUACACCGUCUGUGCCGGAGGGACUUGAAGAUUACCUGAAGGAUCCAGUUCUAGAAGCAGACGCGGCCAGUCUUUUGAGUUUUACUGUACUGAAACAAUGGGAUAUGAUGCCCAGCAAAGAGACUUUAUCUUCUACUGAAUAUGAGGAUCCUAUGGAUACAACCCUCACAGCCAAACAAUUUCAUUCCGCUAUGGGUGUCGCAGACAGUAAAUCUGAGGAGAAUUUGAACUGCGCUGAGAACGUGUGCACCACAGAACAGGCGGAGGUCAAACAGGAUGGGGAAACAGAGAACCCUAAACUUGGGGAGAAUUUGGCGUCUUACAACAAAAAUAAACACACGACAGACAGCGGGUUUUACAGUGUGAAGGGAGUUAAUUCAGACAGCGACAGCGGUUGUGAAAACAGUACGCGGGAAGCGGAGGAAAUGGAUUGUGGGUACGCGACUUUAAAUUCACGGAGCUUCAGAAACGCGGAGCUUUCUUCUAAGGGUAAUCUAGUCAUUAAAACUCCAAUUCUGAGUCCGCUUGAGGAUAAGAAGACAAGUAACACUUGUAAUACUCCUUCAUCGGAAGAGCAUUGUACGAAUGCAUGCGUGGAUCACAACUCAAAUAACUGUUUGUCCCAGCAUUCCGAGUCUACUCACCAACAGGCGCACGUAGUGAAGAUAUCCACCCCGCAGGUGAGCAGCAGUGUGGCUAGUCUGAUGGACUCGCUCAGCUAUCUCAAGAGGCCAACAGGGUUCAGCUUAAAACAAUCCAGCUCUUUCACCUAUGCUUCCAGUCAAAGGGUUCUCUCCCCUAGUGGGGAGGAGUACUCUGUCGUGGUGAAAAGAUCCACUAAAUCCGCUUCCCCGGAACCAACAAGUGUGGUUAAAUCCGACCAUAGGACUACAUCGCCAGUGUUGGAUAUAGCUUCUCUUGCCAACAAUAAUAAUGAUUCUCAAACGAUAGAGGUGUGUCUCAGCGAGGAGCAGAUCCCUCUGGUGCCAACAACGCCAGUUCCAGAACUUGCAGAAGUAUCUCUGAAUGAAGGAAUUCUUCCCAGUCCCCGAACGUCACCUCAAAGGUCCUUGACCCCUAUCGCAUCAUCCUCACCAACUGCACCGUCUGAUAUUAGCUUAUCACCCACGCCGUACAACAACAGCUCUAUAAAUAACUGUUUAGAAGCUCAGGAAUUCGAAACCCCAAGCAGAACCCCACCCCAGCCCAGUGAGAGGAGAAAUCUCAAAGUGUCGCCUCUAGCGUUGGGUCAAAGUUCACCCAGCACUUCCUGCAAUGGUCAGGCAGUGACCCCGAGGUCGAGCAGUUUGAGCCCUGUUUCAUCCAUUCGUGCAGAAAGUCCCAUCACCCCAACUAUGGAAAACAUUACCUCCCUUGUAGACAACCCUCAGACAACAUCGGAGGAGCUAACAUCCGCUUUAGAAAAGUUAAAAGACAAAUUGUCAAGGAUAAAAAAGAAAAGGAUGGCUGUGCAUGACAAAAGACAAAGGGCCAACAGUGAUGAGGAAAGACUUGCCUGUGAAAAAGAAUUUGCUGCCCUGGAGAAGAUGGCAGAGAGCACAGACCUAGACAUUCGAGUUAUACAGAACCAUUUGGAUGUGCUACAAGGACAAACUCUGGAGGCCAUGAAAGCGCAGAGGAAAGGCAAAUCAGGGUCACGCAGAAAGAAAGGAAAGCGCAAGCCGUAGAAAAGUUAACAGUGCAUUAUGGGCAAGCUGGUAAAACUGAGGAAAACGGUAGACUCAGUCCAAGAUGUAGGAGGGCACCCCUGGAGGUUCAGUGUCAAACUUGACACUUUGAGAACCACUUAUACAGUGCUGAAUUACUGGCCUUUACUGCGCUAUGCUAAAGAGCUUAGACUAGUGUCAUUGAUCAGGACAGUUGUAUGAACUUUAAAAAUUACAUACACUGUGUCUUGUCUUCCAGAGUGAGUUUAUAUUAAUGCAUACAUCACACAUUUUCUGAAAUACAAGGUUCAUGAAUGUAGCAUAUUUUUUAUUGAAUUAGAGUGUUGGCAAUAUUAAAAACUAUCCAAAUAUAUUAAAAGUUCAGUAAUAGUUUACUGUAAGAUAAAUAUGUAGAUGAAAAACUAUUUGUUUAAUUACUUUAAUAAGCUUUUUUUAAAAAAAAAAUGA